AUGCCAGAAAUCCUAUUCACAAAGAAACUCUCAAAAACUGACAUUGAAUAUAGAAUGGCAGUCCCGAUGAAAAGCCUCGACGCUUUCCAAAUCCCAGAAGGAAAACACUCUAAAGAAUUUGGUGUCACUGACAUCCAUGGCAAGAGGUGGAGGUUCCGAUGUUGUACAAGAAAAACCGACCCCUACCCUAAACCAGUCCUGUCUUCAGGUUGGAUAGAGUUCGCCAAAACAAGAAGUCUCAAAGUAGGAGAUGAAGUCACCUUCUCUGUGGUGGGCAUGAAGAGAGCUGAGGAUCUGGAAUUGGGAAUUCAAGCUCGGAAAAAAAUCAAGUUAUUCGGCAAAGUUUUGUGGAGUGAUCCUCUGUGA